UCAUUCGAUUUUUUCCGUCAAACAAUUUUGUACAAUUAUAUUUUUUCAUCCUCAAAAUUAUCCGUUGUUAAAGAAUAAAAAAUAUUAAUAUUAAUAACUUUAACAUAAAGAAAUGUCUGCUGGUGCUAAAAUUGCUUUGGCCCUGUCCGUUGGGUUUUCAGUGAGCGUAAUUGGUUAUGUACAUUACAAACAAAGCACUGACCGCGCGCGCCUGCACGAGGGUGUGGUACGCGAUAUUGAACGCCAGCAGCGUCGCAAAACUGAAAAUACAUACUUACUCCAAAAACAAAUCGACCUCACUAAACAGCUUAAGGACAUGGAAGCGUCAGAUAAAAAUUCCGAAUUAAAUCAGAAUUCCAACGUUCAAUAACUAAUUCUACUUUUUUUAUUCUAAAAUUAUAUUAUUAAAAACAGUAAUAAUAAAACUCAAAUCUAGUUCUAGUUAA